ACACCAUCACAGCGCUUAACGAGCACUUAACGAGGCGAGCGUGUCUCGAUCUCGUCGGGGGAUCUCGUCAAUCCGAAGACGAAGGAUCAAGGAGAGGAUCGACCAGAGAGAGAGCAGUGAAAUGAGAGGCAAGGAUCCCAGAAACAAUGUCCGAGAAGAGACCAGUGAUAAAAGGAGAGAAACCAGCGGCCAGUCUCUCAAACGCUUUGCGGCGCGUUGCAAAAAGAACCUAAUUGCAAAUGUUUGGUGCUCUCCGUGUUAAUAUACGGAUGCCUUGCCGCAGUGACGUGGUGUAGAUGCGCGAAUGUCACGAAGGUGGCGUUUAUGGGGAUGUUAUAUCUGGUCUAUUUGGUGGAGUGUUAUCACUCGCCAAUCAGGAUCGAUCUGUUACACGCGGAGAGUCAGGACAGCGUGUUGUCGAAGAUCUCGCAGUUGAAGUCGGCACAACCGACCAUCUGGUGGAAAGCUGUCUCCUACCAUUACGUGCGGCGUAAACGUCAAAUUACCCGGUACAGAAACGGAGACAAUUACACGACGACGCAGGUUUACUACGAAAGGAUAAACACACACGCCGCCACAUCUUUCUACUACUACGACUACUGUGGCGUGAAAGAUAUUAGCAAGGAAUUGAUCUUGGAUCCAAAGGUGCCAAUCACGAAGAUCAAUCUCAGCAAAGGAUUCGCCUUUUCAAACAUGAGAUCGGCAACAGAGUUCGAGGAGGCCAGGUCGAGAUUCUUCGCGGAACAAGAGUUGAGAGACGAUUACAUGGAGAUGAGAGAAGGUCUAGAUCUUGGAUACAAUCCGAAUCCUACGACAUUGGUGGCUGUUCCUGGCAAUCCCUGGUUCACUAAUCGUUACGUCUACUGGUGUUUAAGUGCUCUGUUACUCAAUUGGCCUUUGAGAGUGAUUAUAGAGUACAAAACGCAAUAUGCUGAUUACCAAAUCACGAAACUCUUCGGCAUCAACUACGACACGCCAAGCGGAAGCGAGCCGAUACACGCGUCCAUGAGUCAACAGACCAUCAAUCAGCCAGGCUCGUACAUGCUGGCGCCAAGCUACAGCGAGGCGCUUCUGAUGGAUCCAGCGCCGGAUCAGCGAACAGCCGAGUCCCAGGGCGCGAGUAUAACCGAAAUGGUGCCGAGUUAUUCGGAAGCGUUGCUCUACCAGCGAGCCGAGCAAGGCUGCGUCGUAACGCAGAACGUCGACGAGGACUCGAGUCGUCGAGCAACGUCGCGCGAAUGUUCCUGCCCGUGUCACAUGGUCUCAUCUACCUUCGAGGUGAACGUGCAGAAGGAAGGAUCGAGGCAAGACGAGGACAACGGACAAUCGAACGAUCAACAGAUCAACAGACAACCACUGGCGAAAACGGCAGGUAUAGAUGUGCAGCCUUCGAGUUGCACGCUGGUCAGCGAAACGGAGACCGGAAUGUGUGGAAGCUGCGGGAAAUUCUUGGUGGAAGCGCAGCUGGAAAGCUCGGAGAUGUCGAGAAGCGAGUGUAACGUGGAGGAUGGUCCUGGGACCAGCUCGCUCAGAGGGUUCCAAAAUAUGAGGAGGGCAGCGAGGACCAGCGUGAUUCCUCGAGACAUGUCCGAGCCGAAUCUCAGGUCCAGAUCGGAACUGAUGGAAGCUGACACCAAGUUUCUUAGGUUGAACGGGCAGAGUUUGAGAAAUAUUUUGGAAUGCGAGCAGGAAGAGGAGUUCAGUAUGGAAGAUAGGAUGGGUGAGACUGGUCAAGGUAAGAUCGGUGAGCCGAUGAGAAGCGGAGGAGAUUUCAGGUUGUCCCUUUGCUCCCUCGACGAAGCCAAUUCUAGGUCUAGAGCGGUCGUAGACGCGAGCAGAGGCGCGAUACCGAAGAGAUUGGCCAGCAGGAACCGAGUGAUCGCGAAUCCGAUGUCGAACGAGGCUUGCGGAUUGCCCGAUUCGAAGACAUACCUUUGCUUGAAAUCGAUUCUUAAACAGAACAAAAGAAGGUAUACUCUGAUCACCGCGAAGGAGCUUCAGGACUUCUCCGAUAGAGAAGACGACAACGUGGACAGACGUUUGCAGAAUCGAUCGUCGUAUCACGAGGGUUGUGUUCCGGUUAGCGCUACGAAGAACAACGCUGGACAGAGAUUCGAUCUGCUUUCGAGAUCGAGGGAGAGUUUGGACGGUGCUUUAGGAAGAAGGAAAAAACAAUUUUUGGAGAAUAUAUCCAUAGAGAAAUGCGAAGAAGCAUCAAAACGAGAAAAUAAUAGAACUCUCAUCUUCGCGAGCCCGAUACAGGAGGUCUGCCCUGGCGAUCCCUUCGGUGGAAAAGACGUAGUACGAACGCGACAGGAAGUGGACUCUACCCCUACGGAAGAGUCACCGAAUCACACGGUCCUCGGUCAACUUGGACGAUCUCUCACCUGCGAUCGGAAAUCCUCCCGACGCCGAUUCCAAGAUUCUCACAAACAACGUUACUCGGACAUCUCUCAUCCUUCUUCCUUCUCCUGUCCACUUGACCGUCAACAUCCUUAUCCGUAUGCAUUCUCAGCGUCCACAGACGCCAUGGACACCAUGGACUUCAACAAGAACGUUCAACAAACCUCAGCCAGAGUUUAUCAACACGCAACGUCUUUCCCACCCUACGAAGGAUCGAUCUCGAGUCACGGCGAGAAAUUCAUCGAUCAGCAAGGUACGACAGACAGAGUUUCUCCUGCGAACGUUCCCAAAUCGAACAAGGGAGAACUGACGCGUUCGUUGACCGAAAAACGAACGAAAUCGGGUCGGAAUGACGCGAGUUUUCGUCGAAGCUUCACCGGAAGGGUGGAGGAUUACAGAACGGAGAAUAAUAAAUGGGCGAACCUGAAUAUGGAGACGUCGUUAUAA